UAAUGAUGAAGAAGAACAAGCUCAGUUACUGUGUGUUGCAUUUUCUUUGUUGUCUACUUUUUCCAGCUCUUGUUUUCUCCCACCAUGUCCAUGGAAACCCUGCCAGUGACAUUGUGGACAUGAUAAACAAGAAUAGAACAGAUCAAAAGCUUCGUCACUUGAAUGAUAGUCCUGGUCUAGGCUGCAUGGCCUUACAAUAUGUUGAAUUAUGCAAAGGGAACUGCACUGAUAACAAUGUUGUAAAUUGCAAACCUCCUGAAGAUGAUUUCACUGAAGUGUUUGCUCCCAACUGUGGCGUAGAGUUACCAACUUUUGGCACCAUAACUGGACACAUUGUGGGUUGUCAAAGGAAAUAUUUGGAGCCAACAUUAGCAUAUUCCCAAGUUCUCAUUAAAGAUAAGAACUCUUUGUCUCUUCUGAAAAACAAAUCACACACUGAGGUGGGAGUAGGCCUAGUUGGACUCCAUAAAGGGCCUUUCUUUUGGUGUGUUUUAUUUAGCAAUGGACAGACAAACUCUACAUUUGUGCUUGAAAAUCGUGGUGCAGGAAUCCAGCAAAAAAAGGGGUGUUAUAGUGGGAGCAAUACUCCAUGCAGUGGGGGGCACAAAAGUAGUGUUGCAUUUUUUAACUUCUGCUUCAUGUGUUAUGUGUUCAUUUUGCUGUUUAAACUUUUGUAA